GCGGGACCAAGGGAACAGGCAAGACAAACUCCUCCGUUAAAUAACAUCUUGAUAAUAUCUGCUUGACAACCUAAUAUAGAGCUGGGAACAAGCCCAAAUAAGCAACUACACUUUAGUAACAAGCCCCAAAAAACCGCGACCCGAAAAACAAGCCCAAAGUCGCUUAUAACAAGCGGACUUGGCAACACUGGACAGGAGUAACUCCAGUAAGACGACACAAGAUGGCGGCAGAGCCUCACCUCCCCCCGCUGCUGCUGCUGGGCAGGAACGAGCUCCGAGGAGGGUUGGAGGCUGAAACCGAAAGUAAAAACCUGAAUAACGGGUCGCCAUUUCUUUUAAGAAGAGCUCCGUCUUUGUUCCAGUAAUUAAUCGACAAAUAUGAAUCAUCUAGUGGAUCUGCUGUGUUUGUGUCUUCUGUGUUUGACCGGGAAAACACUUUGUGAUAAAAACGGGCCAGCAGUCAUCAAUGUGGAGAGAGGGGCUGAUGUUGUGUUACCCUGCUCUCUCAGCACCAAGGAGAACAUUGAGUUUAUACUCUUUGACUGGAGGAAACCUCCUCAGAAAGAUGAAGAUCUGAAGGAGGUGUUCCUGUAUGAUGCUGGCAUUCAUUACAACAACGGUCGAGGUGGUCAGAGUGAAGAGUUCAAAGGUCGAGUCUCUCAUUUUCAAGAUGAACUGAAACACGGCAACGCCUCCAUAAUCAUCAGAAAUACAAAGAUAUCUGACAGUGGAGAAUACAGCUGUUAUUUUCCAAAUCUUCAGCCAGGUCAAACAUUCUACAUUGAGCUUGUUGUUGUUGAGCCGUCAAAGGUCAUCAGAGUGGAAGAAGACAGUGAUGUUGUGUUACCCUGCUCUCUCAGGACCAAGGAGGACAUUACGUCUGGACUCUUUGACUGGAAGAAAUAUGAAGGUCUGAAGGAGGUGUUCCUGUAUGUUGAAGGCAAACAUUACAACAACGGUCUAGUUGGUCAGAGUGAAGAGUUCAAAGAUCGAGUCUCUCAUUUUCAAGAUGAACUGAAACACGGCAACGCCUCCAUAACCAUCAGAACUACGAGGCUGGCCGACAGUGGAGUCUACAGCUGUGAUUUUCCAAAUCUUCAUCCACGUCAAACAUUCUACAUUAAGCUUGAUGUUAUUGGUGCGGCGCCAAAACCACAUGUCACUAUACUUAAUCAAACAAAGGACCGGUCUCUGCUGCAGUGUGAGGUUCACGGUGAUCCAGAACCUGAAGUAGAGUGGCGGGACAGUGCUGGAAACACACUUCCUGCUGAGAAGACCCAGGUGGAACGAAUAGGAAACCUUUUCUACAUCACUCUCAGAACUACUGUGAUCCAGACCGACCGCUAUCGCUGUGUGGCAACACAGGAGACCAUCAGCCAUCAGGUUUCUAAUGAGAUCUCUGUGUAUUUUAGUGGGCUCUCCACUGGAUGGAUUGUUUUUAUAGUUCUUGCUCUUGUUCUUGUUCUUGUUCUUGUUGGUGUUCUAGCUCUAAUGGUGCUUGUAAAAAAGGGCUACAUCACAUUACAUCGUAAUAAAGAGCCAAAAGUCAUCAAAGUGGAACAAGACCGUGAUGUUGUGUUACCCUGCUCUCUCAGCACCAAGGAGGACAUUACGUCUGAACUCUUUGACUGGAAGAAACCUCCUCAGAAAGAUGAAGGUCUGAAGGAGGUGUUCUAUAAAGAAGGCAAACAUUACAACAACGGUCAUCCAGGUCAGAGUGAAGAGUUCAAAGGUCGAGUCUCUCAUUUUCAAGAUGAACUGAAACACGGCAACGCCUCCAUAAUCAUCAGAAACACAAAGAUAUCUGACAGUGGAGUCUACAGCUGUUAUUUUCCAAAUAUUCAAACACCUCAAACAUUCUACGUUAAGCUUGUUGUUGGUCGUGUUACCUCUUGA